UUAAGCAGUUCAACAUUGCACACUGGCUUUGUAACCACUACAACGUCUAUGUCCGACCGCUUGUAGUCUAAUUUACCCACUUCCUCCUCACCCCCAAAAAACUACACUGAAAUUGGGCUGCUUUUAUUCUCUCCAUCUCUCUCUCUCUCUCUCUGAAACGACAACUCCUCCCCAUUUCCCCCCCUCUUCUCCUCCUCUUCCCUCCUUCCCGGGGUCUGAUAGAAUACCCCUCCGUACCUUCUCUCUCUCUCUCCCACCCCCCACCCCACCCCAAGCCCCUACAAUCGCCACCACCACCGGGUCACAGACUCUCUGUGAGCCGGGCUUGGUGUGUCUCCUGUCGGCUUCAGCCGCUCUCUCUCUCUCUCUCUCUCUGUGUCUUGCUGCCUCUCUCUCUCUUUCUCUUUCUUUAUUUAACACUCUCAGGAUGCAAAAGACCUGGUUCAGGAUCUCUGUGAAGCAGCCGACAGCCCGCUUCCCUCUGCCGGAUCGGUGCUAAAUUCGAGGAGAUUUAUUCUGUGAACUGCCAACUUUUCUCGCGGCUGGUCAGGGGAGGAAAAUGAGCAGGAAAGGCUGUCACCUCGAGCUGUUCCUGAUGUUGCUCGGAUUGGAGUUCCACAUUUCAGUCUCCUGUCCAAAACACUGUGUGUGCUACCCUUCCCCGAUGACUGUCACUUGCCAGUCGCAUGGCUUCACCUCCAUCCCAGAAGGGAUUCCAACCAACAGCGAGAGAAUAUUCCUCCAAAACAACAGGAUAACUCUUCUGUUGAGGAAUGCUUUCAGCCCGUCCACAGUCACCCUUUGGUUAUACUCCAACAACAUCACCUUCAUUGACCCAGAAGCCUUCCAUGGAUUCAGUCUCCUGGAGGAACUUGACCUGGGGGACAAUCGGCACCUGAGGUUCCUGGAUGCGGAGACCUUUGCUGGUUUGGAGAAGCUGCAUGCUUUGCACCUCUACCGUUGUGGGUUGACGUUUCUGCCCAAUGGAAUCUUUGAAGGUCUUCAUAACUUGCAGUAUCUCUACCUACAGGAUAACCAUAUAGAGUACCUUCAGGAUGACCUGUUUCUAGAGCUGGUGAACCUCACGCAGCUCUUUCUGCAUGGGAAUAAGUUGUUGAGUUUAUCCCAGAACACCUUCAGAGGUCUAGUCAACCUAGACCGCCUGUUGCUCCACCAGAACCGGCUUCAUUGGGUGAACAAGCGAGCUUUCCAUGAUCUGCGUAGGCUGGCCAUUUUGUAUUUGUUCAAUAACAGUCUAAGCUCACUUCCUGGGGAAUGUCUGGCGGAGCUCGGAUCGCUGCAGUACCUCAGGCUCAACGGAAAUCCUUGGGAAUGUACCUGCAAAUCCCGAUCCCUGUGGGAAUGGCUGCAGAGGUUCCGGGGAUCGAGCAGCAGCGUCAUCUGUGAGUCGCCCAGGGAACUACAAGGGAUUGACCUGAAGGUCCUGUCCCCCCUGCUCUUCAAGAACUGCACGGCCUCGGAAUCAUUCAACCAGAUCCGAACCAGGCAGCACCACCCCCAUCACGGGCUGGCACCCGGGCAUUCCUCCCGGGGCAUGGCACCAGGGCCGGAGCAUACUGUGACCGGCCGGAACGGCAGCGGCAGCCAGCGGGAUGACGAGGCCAAGGACUACCCGGGCGAAGCGGCUCCGAAGAAGUCGCCGGACGGGGCGUGGGGUGGCGAUUAUCUGCCCGACCCCGGCCAGAGACCCCAGACCAUCCGCCCGUUCCCCCCCAAGCGCAGGCCCCGGGUGAAGUGUACCCGGCGCACCCACUUGGAGCCCCCGCCCGGGAUCCAGCAGCCGGCUGGGGGUGGCAGCCGUCCCUGUCCUGGGCUCAGGUGGCUCCCCCUGCUGGCGGCCCUGGUCCUCGUUGUACGUUGAACCCAUUAACCAUCUCCCGCUCCCAGCCCACCCCCUCCCCCGCCCCUCUCUCCAAUCCACCCACUCCAGUAAUGAAAAGGGCAAAAACUUUCUAACACUGCCGCCAAUCCAGUAGGGACCAAAAAAAAGGGAAAAAAAAAACAAAAAAAAGUCAAUUUUUAAAAUUACAAGUGAUUAAUACUGUUACUAUGUGCUUAGGCAGACUACGGAUAUUGUUGGAUGGUAUUAUUGUUUCGGACAAUUGGAAUAUAAUUGGAAAUCAUCGGAAUAACAGUCCCAAUGGAAAUGAAUCAGCAACAGGGGAUGAUGUGGCUAAGGACUACCUACAAAGCAGCAGGAGAUGUGUCGGAGGGAGCGCUCAGAAAUCUUAUUUUGACGAAGCAUUCCCAGCGUCUAUUUGACAUUCCUGCUGCCAGCUGUGCCCGCUACACCAGGAGGAGCCCUAAAACUCUUGGAUCGCACCAUUGCUUUCUGGAGGGAUUUCUCCCUCUUGUCGUUGGUGGGGGAAAGGGGAUGAGUGUGUUGGUCAGCGAAGCAAUGGUGGUUCCAGACGUUUUCUGCAUGGGUGCGGGCAUGUUCCUCAAACCACACUAAAACAAAGCUGGCAUCAGCCACCUCCUCAUGAGGUUUUAUGGUGGUAAGAUGCCAGCUGAAUAAUAUGCAUUGCAUAAUCACCACGGAUGAUCAUGGUCUAAAACCCAGAGCUUAAUUCAUCCGAGUACCAAAAACUGGAGGCCAGAUAAUUGUAUGAAACGAUUCGUAUCAGAAUAAUUUUUUUUUAAAUGUGUCUAACCUAUCAUUUGGACAAUGGGAAGCCCUUAUAUAGUUGACGUAUAUUCAUUUCUGGAAGUAUAUGUUUACAGAUUAUGUUGCUACCCUGGUACAGCUUUUGCUAAGGUGUUUUUUUGUUCUGUCUCGAGGAGAUUGUGGAUGCUUUACACACAAGCCAUGGAUCCAGAUAGGAUGGACACAGGAGUCUGUGCUGUUCUGGUCCAACUCACUGGCUUCUGCUUUGUCCCCUCCCCCCACCCCCCCAACAUUUGGGUGGUGGUUGCCAGGAGUUGAGUGGAAAUGAGACGUUAUCCAUUUGGUGUUCAGAAUGUGGCUCCAUUUGAUGGAGGGGGCACUAAAACCUCCCCAUUUAUUUUUGUUUCUGUACUAAAUGUAAAUUUGUUGUACCUGAAUUUACAGAAUUGCUUUAAAUAUAUAUCUAUAUAAAAAAUACAAAAAAAAAACUUUCCUUUCGGAAGAGAUCAUGGUAACAAACGCAGUAUCCCUUUUUGUUCAGCUAUCUAAACAAUUGAAAAUGUAAAUCUGUUUUGCUUCUGUCAGCACAGUGGUGUUCCACAAGUCCAAAGUGCUUCAUUUUCAAUGGGGUUGGGGGCAAGGGCAAAACCUCAAUCUUGGGGCAUGAAGGGGACUGAAUUUCACCUCCCUGAUUACCUCCUCCAAGUCUAAUGACCCCGUCAAGCCAACCCUUCAGAUGUAUUGCACCAUUGGUAUUCAUUCAAUCAUUAUCAUUUGUUUUUCAUUUUGAAGACCCCCUUUCCAUUCUGAGUUGGUUGUUUAACAUUGCAGGCACGGUGAUAUCUCAUGAACAGUACUCGAUUGGAGAUAAUCAGCAUGGGAGAAUGGGUGGACGGUUACUGGUAGGUGCAUUGGGUUAAAUGUUCCUUGUUCUGACCUCAAAUUCAAUAAAAGUCUUGCUCUCCUCCUACACGCCAGGGUUCCAUGUGAAAUGGGGUUAGGCAGGCUCCAACUAGCUCAGUCCACUGUCGAGGUCUCCCCCCAGCUUGCUGCAUGUUGGUAUUGUCAGUAGGCAGACUGUGAUGACCAAAUGGCACAGGAAGAUGGAAGACCUCAUGUUGGUACAACAGGAGGGAUGUGUCUCGACGACUGAGGAUAGUACAUCGUCGAGAAGAGCAGAGGGAGUCUUACCCUAUGCCUUAACAUCCUCUGACCAUGUGAGAGUACUCGAUGUUAUCAGGGACAGCAAGCUGUGGUCACCCUUCACAUUUUCACAAGUACGUUGAACUACUUGAAAUGAACUGCACAGAAGCAGACCAUUCAGCCCAACUAGUUCAUGAUAGUGUCUAUAUUAUUUCAUUCAUUGUGGGAUGUAGGUGUCACUGGCUAGGCCAGCAUUUAUUGCCAAUCCCUAAUUUCCUGGGCAAAGGUUUUGGUGAGCUACCUUCUUGAAACACUUAUGGACCAGUGUAGUUGCAUGCACAGUGCAGUCAGGGAGUGAGUUCCAGAUUUUGAUCUAACAACAGUGAAGGAAUGGUGAUAUCAUCUCAGGUCAGGAUGGUGUGUGGUCCAGAGGUGAAUUUGAUGGGAAUUCACCUGCUGGCCUUGUUCUACUAGAGGUCACAGGUUUGAAAGGAACUCUAGCAUAAUCCCUGAUGAGGUACUGCAGUGCAUCUUGUAGAUGGUACACACUGUCGCUACUGAAUGUCAAUGGUAAGGGAAUGGUAAAUGCAAGUGGAUGCCCAUCUAAUGGACUGCUUUGUCCUGGAUGUGCAUGUCACUCAGAAACCUCCUCCCAACUCAGUUCACUCUCUCAGUGUAACCUUUCUCCCUCUAAUUUAUAUAUCCCCUGAAUAUGUUUUCUGCUGCACACACAGGUGAGUGCUACAAACAACAAACUUCCCCUGGGUAACAAAAGCAGGAGUAAAAGCUCCUAUUGCCCAGUUCUGACAAAUAACCAAGUUCACCUGAAUUAAAACAACGCAAGAAAAAAAUUUAAGAAGUUUCUCCAUGACAGUAAUGUCCUGAUGUUUAUUUGACAGAAUUGAAGGAUUUUAAACUUUGAAGAGGAGCUUUCUUCCCCAAAUAAAGAGAGCCAAGGACUGUUAAUAUUGUGCAGCACGUCCCUUCUUGAUUUCACUCAUCCAGUGAAAAACAUGCAAUUACCAUCUAAUGAAUAAACUGUUUGUACAGCACUCACCAAAUAAACUGGUAGCACAAAAUGAUAGCCUUACCUAAUUUUAUUUACUGCUUAUACUGUCUUUUUGUAUAAGUAAAAGAUGUAUUGGGCAAAAUAUAUCAUAGGAGAAAGUGAGGACUGCAGAUGCUGGAGAUCAGAGCUGAAAAUGUGUUGCUGGAAAAGCGCAGCAGGUCAGGCAGCAUCCAAGGAGCAGGAGAGUCGACGUUCCGGGCAAAAUAUAUCAUAGGUGAGAGAGUAGAAUAUUUUCCUGCUGUCAAACGAUAAGUUUCCUGAUAUCGUAAAAACUUUCAGGAUGGAAAGGUUUGUUCAUUUUCAUUUUUAUAGGAUGAAUUGUUGCACAGAGGUUAGGUCUUGUUGCAGAAUGGCUUUACUUUGAGGAGUUCAGUUUUGGUGGUCCAGCAGGCAAGGACUGACCCCCACUCCCAGGCACCUCCUCCGAGGUUGUGAUUUUCACAUUACCCCCUGAUCUCACCUGGGGAUAUACCCUAUGUCAAGGGUUAAGGCAGGAAGCAGAGUACGCAUAGGGUUCACAGGCUGUGGGUAUAACUGGCAAGGUCAGAAUUUGUUGCCCGUCCCUGAUUGCUCUCCAGCUGAGUGGCUCAUUCUGCCAUUUUAGGGGAGCCAUUAAGAGUCAACUUUGAGUGGAGGCAAUGGCCUAGUGUUAGUACCACUAAGUUAUUAAUCCAGAGACACAAGAUCUGAUUUGCAUGCUCCCAUGGUAGAUGAUGAAAUUUUAAUUAAUUUUUAAAAAAUUUAAAUUAAAUGCCUAGUGAGGACCAUGAGGCUAUUGUUGAUGGUCAGGGGAAAAAAAACACAUCUGGUUCACUAAGAACCUUUAGAGAAUGGCAAAAUGAGAAGUCAUAUGACAUUAGGUUAUAGUCCAACAGGUUUAUUUGACACCACUCUGAAAGCUUGUGGUUUUAAAUAAACCUGUUGGACUAUAAUCUGAUGUUGUGUGAUUUUUGACUUUUGUUGACCCCAGUCCAACACCAGCAUCUCCACAUCAUGACCUUAGGGAAGGAAAUUGCCAUCCUUACCCUGGUCUGGCCUACAUGUGACUUCAGACCCAUAGCAAUGUGGUUGACUCUCAAUUGCCCUCUGGGAAAUUGGUGUUUGAGCAACAAAUGCUGUCCUGACCAGUGACAACCUGCAAAUGAAUAAAAAUAUGUUGGAUCUGGAAUCACAUGUAGACCAGAUCAGGGAAGGUUGAUGGAUUUUCACCUAUAAAGGACAUCAGUGAAGUAGAUACCAUUUGAUGACAGUUGUUAUGAGUCAUCAUUAUAUUCUUGGUUAAUUAAUUGAAUUGAAAUUGAGCUAAUCCUGGAGAGAUUUGUACACUGAUCUGCAAAGCAUUAAUCUGGGCUAAUGGAUUAUCGGCAAUAAUACCACCACACCAUCAUCACGGUCAUAAAUUGUUGAUUAAUUUGCCUACACCGAUGAAGAAAGGCCAAUUGGGAAAACAUAAGGAAUAUUCUUGGAUCAGAGGAGAGAACCAAAUUUGUGGGAAUGAGGAAAAAAGGGAAACAAACAAGAUUCUGAAGAGGUUCGAUAGGGUAGUAGCAGAGAGAUUUUCACACCUGGCCAGGGAACCGAGAACACAGGGGCACUGUCUUAGUUUAUGGGUGAUUUGUUUAGGAUUGAGUUAAAAUGAUAUGACUUUGCUAUGGAUCAUUGGAAUUCUCUUCCCUUGUGCAUUGUGGGUGCUUCAUCACUAGAAAUGUUUAAGGCUGAGGGAAACACAUGUUUGGCUUCUCGGGGAAUGGGAGACAUUGGCUGAGGCAGCUGAUGAGUUGUGAGCAGAUUGAAUGGCACAAUAGGUUUGAGGAAUCAAACAGCCUAGAAUCCCAGAAUCCUACAGUGCGGAAGCAGACCAUUCGGUCCAUCAAGUCCACACCGACCCUCCAAAGAGUAUUCCACCUAGACCCAUCCUUCCACCCUGUCAUCCUGCCUUUCCCAGGGCUGAUCCAGUGAGCCUACCACAUCCCUGGACACAAUGGGCAAUUUAGCAAAGCCAAUCCAUUUGACCUGCACAUCUUUGGGCUCCUGCUCCUAUUUUGCAUGUUCCCACGGAGACAGAGUAGCACAUUCUUUCAGCUGACAAUAUAUUUUGUACCUCGUCCAGUGAAGAAGCAAAAGGGAUAUUUUGUUUUGUCUGCAACCUUCUCUGCAGAGUUAAGCAGUCACUAUCUGACAGCAGCUAGGGCCCCCAAGCUAAGAAGCUCAAAGAAAUAUUGCUGUUGAGAUGCUUGGCAAUAAUUAACAGGGGAAAAGAAGCCUGAAUAGAGGAACAAGGGGAAAAUCAGAAGUGAAGUAUUAUAGAAUCACCAGAAUACUCAAACCAUCCAAAAAUAACUUCUUACUGAAAUCAAGGCAAAUAAAACACCAUGACAAAGUCUAUCUUUAAUUUCAACAAGAUAAUUUAAUUUCCCAUUCAAUUUCAAAACUAUUUCAAUGCAAGUUUGCUUUGAGCAAUUAAUGUUUCAAACUUUACACUCCAUGGGCAAGAGGGAGAGAUCAACAUCACAAAUAGACAGUAUUCUUCAAUAAGCGCAACUUAGCAUAGAUAGCAUGUUUCUAAAAUAGAUUCCUCUGGGAGCAAAGAAUUUUAAUAAGGUAUCUCCCUGCUGAUUACCACCACCAGCACAGCACGAUGGCUCAGUGGUUAGCACUGCUCCCACGCAACACUCGGGACCUGGGUUCAAUUCCACCCUUUGGUGACUGUAUGGAAUGCUUGAUGGGCUGAAUGGCCUGCUUCCACACUGAAGGGAUUCUAUGAUUCUACUCCCAUACUCACUCCAUCAAAGCUGAUUGACUCACAGCUAACUGUUUACUCAGUAAGCUGCUAACUGGGCCUCCUGAGAAUGAGGUGCAUGGGAGGGAAUCAGACCUCCUCAGUGGGAAUCUGAUCCUCUCCUCACUCAGUGUCACACCAUCAGGUACUAACCAGGAAGUCUCUCCCACCUGCUCUGCCCUCUCUUACCACGAGGCUGUGAAAGACUGUCACAGCGUCCAAAAACUCUCCUUCUUUUCAUGCGCAGCCCAAUGUGUCCUCCACUGUUUGGCACCGGGGCCUUGGCACAACAGCUCAAAUGGCUGAUGGUAGUGGGCUGGGCAGAACCCACGAGCGUGGCAAAGCAACUGGGCCCCCUGCUGGUAUUUCGGAUGUUGCCUGCCAGGAUCUGAACAGAACAAGGUACACACUCAUCCACAACUGGGAGCUAGGGGAGUUUAGAUACAAGGCAAUCUUCCAAAAGCCUGGACCUGCCACCUUCUGGUGUGGAGUCAAGCACAUUUAUAUCGCUGGUGGACCGCACUGUGCUGUUACAUCUAACUUGUCUCUGUCUUCAAAGGCACUAUUACACUCCCUGUGUGCACUGAAUAAAACAUGUACCAAUACAGAU